AUGGAGUCCUCCUCACUCUCGGUGACCAGGGGACUGCAGCCAACCCCCCUCCCCAGGACAGCACAGCUCGGGGCAGGCGGCUGGGGGACGUGCGUGCCUCCUCCCUCGGAAGGAGCCGCUGAGGCUCAGCAGCUUUCCCAAACAGCUAGAAGCCAGCGUAGGGCCAGUUUACUCCAGAAAAGCUCACUAGGAAGGAGGGAAGCCUCCUGGGAAGACUCUCUGAGAGUUGUGGCCAGGAGAGGAGACCGAAGGAAGGUGAGAUCUGGAUCAGAAUCAACAGGCUGGGCCCCGGAGCGCCUGAGGGUGACCCUCCACUAG